AUGAAGGGGAAGUUUCUGAGAGGGUGUCUUAACAAGUGGAAGAAAGUGGGGAGUCGAGUGAUCCAGUGUGGUGCCUACGGUUACUGCUGCGAAUGGGAAGUGUGGCCAUGGAUGCAGAAUGAAGGAGAAUCUGAUAUUCCGAACGAUGUGCCAAAGGGUCAUUUGGUUGUGUACGUGGGAGAACACCACAAGAGAUAUGUGAUAAAGAUCACGUUGCUCCAUCAUCCUCUCUUCAAGACCUUGCUGGAUCAGGCUCAGGAUGAGUACGAUUUCAUUGCAGAUUCAAAGCUCUAUAUUCCUUGCACUGAGCAUCUUUUCCUCACUGUCCUUCGCUGUGCAACCUCUCCACAUAAUCAACGACUCUCUCUCUGCGUCUGAGUCAUUAUUUACCUCUAACAACUACCACCACACAUAUAUAUAUAUGUAGCCAUAAAAUAUUAUGUUGUAGAUCGAGGUUCUUGUUAUCUGUGUUUUUUCUCUU